AUGUAUCUACAAUAUAGUGUUACAACUGCACCAAAUCUUUUAGUUUGUUAUCAUAGUGUUGGGAAUACUUAUUUUUCAUGUUUCCAAAGUAAUGAACUUGAACGAGAAUUUAAAGAUUCAAGUCAUAAGAGGAUUCUUUAUUAUAAUUGUAGUGGCAAAAUAUCGAUUAAAAUUGAUAUUUUAAUUACAACACCAAAUGAAAUAAAACAAGAGAUUAGUAAAAAUCUUCAUUUGAAUUCUAUGGAAUUGCGAUAUCAUCUUCGUAAAAAGUUUAACAUAUCAACUAUUACAUCCAAACAAAUCUAUUACUGGUGGUCGUAUUAUACACAACAAUUCUACAAAAAUGAUGAUAAUUAUAUUAUUUCAGCAUGUAUGUUUUUUGAUUGGCAACUUGAUAAUUACUGCGCUUUAUGCUUUCAACUUGAAACAAAUAAUACAACUGCUAUUGGUUUCAUGACAAGUUUAUUUGAACAAUCUCAUUAUGAAGAGCAAGGAUUAAGAACUGAAGCACUUACUAGUUUCUUUCAAUCUCUUUGUAGUAAGGGUUUAAACCCAAUUUACUUUUAUACUAAUAAAGAUUUCACUGAAAUAACUGCUGCAAAAAAUCUUUGCUUAUGGCAUAUCGAAAAAGCUAUUAAAGAAAAGUUUAAAAGUCGUAAAAAGAUUGAAUGUAUAAACUAUAACUAUGAAGAAGUUAUAAAAGAAUUUAGUUUCAUUGAUCCACUUUUUAUACCUGAUUUGCAACGAAUGGAUAACGAAUAUUAUAAAGUCUGCUCACCUGACCUUUGUGAAACUGUUAUUGAAAUGACAAUUUUUGACCCCUAA